AUGUUACCUCCGCCUCAAGCGUUGUCUCUUUUGAUGUUCUCUAAUAACUCGAAGAGUGCUCACUAUUUGAAAAAUAUUCGGUCAUACAAUUCUAUGUUUGGAUUUACGUCAUUGGGUGGUAAGGUUGAUAAUAGCGUGAAUACUGGUAAUUCUCCACCUAUAUUUCGUUUGCAUGGGCAAAAUUACCAUUUAAUGGGUAGUUUAUUGCCAGAAGUUGGCUGCGACCCGAAGUUUGCUCAGCUGUACAUUUAUGAUACGGAAAAUGAGAUAAACAAUAGAAUAAAAUUUGUGAGGGGGCAUAGUGAGAUCAAUAAUCUUCAUACGGAAAUAGUGUUUGAUCUGCAAAAAAUGUUGGAUGAAGAAAAUGUUUUAGUCAAAACGUUCCGAAUGGUAAAGGAAAAAAUUAAUCAAGAAAAUCUCCCGAAUGUGAGUUUAAGGUUGCUUGGCAAGAGAGGUAGGGAUGGUAGGACUUAUAACCUACCUACUAUUUCUGAGAUUGAUGUUCUUGUGGUUGGUGAUUUUGAUGAAGCCUUGGGUGAUAGGGAUAUUAUUGUUGAAAAUAGAUCUGGUCGAUUGCAGCGUAUUGAUGAAUUGCAUCCUUCUUAUCUGGCACUGCAGUAUCCUUUGCUUUUUGCUUACGGCGAGGAUCAAUAUAGUGAAAAAAGAUUGGUUUAUCAGGAUCUGGCACUUCUUCGGGCAAUAGAAAGAGAAACGCAGCAGAAAAAAUUGUGUGCUGAAAUGUAUAGUGGUUUGGCAGAGGCUGUACUUCGAGGUGAUACAGAUGGUUCUAUGCAUGGCAAACGAAUCAUUUUGCCAUCCAGUUUUGUAGGUGGUGCAAGAUAUAUGAUCCAGAAUUACCAAGAUGCUAUGGCCAUAUGUAGAUGGGUUGGUUACCCAUCUUUGUUUAUCACCUUUACGUGUAAUCCAAAGUGGCCAAAGAUUGUUAGAUUUCUUUCAGCCAGGGGCUUAAAAUCAGAUGAUCGUCCUGAUAUUGUAUGUAGGAUUUUUAAAGUAAAGUUGGAUAGUUUUGUAAGAGAUCUUAAAACCAAAAAAAAUUUCGGAGCUGUGAAAGCAGUGGUGUAUACAAUUGAGUUUCAGAAGCGUGGUUUGCAUCAUUCACACAUUUUGCUUUUUUUAAGCAAUAAGGAUAAACAACCUCGGCCUCAACGUAUUGAUGAGAUUAUUUCUGCUGAGAUUCCUGAUCCAGUAUCUGAUCCGGGAUAUUUUAAGAAUGUGCAAGAGUAUAUGGUGCAUGGUCCAUGUGGUGUUGUUCGAAAAUCUUCUCCUUGCAUGCGGAAUGGAAGAUGUUCAAAAUACUUUCCGAAAAAAUUUGUGGUUGCCACAACGUUUGAUGAUGAAGGUUAUCCUGUUUACCGACGUAGAGACAGUGGUUGUGUUAUUAUGAAAGAUGGGGUGCCCUUGGAUAAUAGAUACAUUGUUCCACACAAUCGUGCACUACUUAUGAAAUAUGGUGGCCACGUAAAUGUCGAGUGGUGCAAUCAAUCGCGAUCCAUCAAGUAUUUGUUUAAGUACAUAAAUAAAGGCCACGAUCGCGUGACUACAUCUUUUUUCCAGUCUGGCCCAAAUGGUUCUGAUCAAGUACAGGAUGAAAUUAGUUUGUACUAUGAUUGCAGAUAUAUUUCGUCCUGUGAAGCUGCUUGGAGAAUUUUGGGGUUUGAGGUUCAGUAUAAGGAUCCGUCUGUUGAAAGACUAAGUUUUCACCUUCCUAAUGAGCAGAGCGUUAUAUUUGAUGAGAGAGACCGAUUGGAUAAUGUUUUGAACCGGAAUACUUUUCAAUCAGAAGGAGCUACAUCGUAUGAAGACAUUAGGCGUGUGAAUGGUGUUCAGUAUGAUACAUUCCGAGAUGCCUGUUUUGCUUUAGGAUUGUUGGAUGAUGAUAAGGAAUAUGUUGAUGGCAUUAUUGAGGCAUCAUUUUGGUCCUCUGUCCAUUCCAUAAGAUUGCUAUUUGGUAUGCCUUAUCCGAAAUCUGAGUUUUUUGAAACGUUUGAAAAUAGAUUGAUUUGCGAUGAGUUGUGUUAUGAUCGUGAAGCUUUGGGAAGAGAACAUUUGGACUUACUUCAUGUUCAUGAUACUAUUAUGUCAUUCGUUGACUCAAAUGCUGGGGGAAUGUUUUUUGUCUAUGGUUAUGGAGGUACUGGUAAAACUUUCAUAUGGAGGUCUUUGUCAGCCGGGAUUCGUUCGAGGGGUGAUAUUGUUUUAAAUGUGGCAUCCAGUGGCAUAGCUUCUUUAUUGUUGCCUGGAGGUAGAACAGCUCAUUCUCGCUUUAAGAUUCCCAUCAUUGUUGAUGAAGAUUCCAUGUGCAGCAUAAAACCUGGGAGCGCGCUUGCUGAACUCAUUGUUAGAGCUAAGCUUAUCAUAUGGGAUGAAGCUCCGAUGGUUCAUAAACAUUCGAUUGAAGCUGUCGACAGGACCUUUAGAGAUAUCAUGCGUGUAUGUGAUGAGGGUAGUAUGCAGAAACCAUUUGGUGGAAAAACUAUUGUUUUUGGUGGUGACUUUAGGCAAAUCUUGCCUGUUGUUCCAAAGGGUAGUAGGCAAGAUGUUGUGAAUGUUGUUAUCAACUCUUCUUACCUUUGGAAGUAUUGUACGGUUUUGAGGCUUACGAAAAAUAUGAGACUGUUGAGUGUUGCAUCAUGUGAUGAAGCGGAACGUUUGAAGGAAUUUUCUUCUUGGGUUGCUUCGAUAGGGGAUGGUGUUCUUGGUGGUCCAAAUGACGGUGAAGUGUCUAUUGGUCUUCCUUCUGACAUUGUUUUGUCUGAUUCUGGUGAUCCGUUGAAAACAAUUGUUUCCAAGAUAUAUCCAUCUUAUAUGAAUCAUGAAGAGUUGAGCGGUUGUUUGCGUGAUCGUGCUAUACUUGCUCCUACGUUGGAGAUUGUUGACGAGGUUAAUCAAUUCAUGAUGUCGUUGGAUCAGUCUGAAGGUCGUACUUAUUUGAGCUCCGAUAGUAUUGCUUACUCAGAUUCGACAUCGGGUGGUUUAGCUGCGCUACAUUCAGUUGAGUUUUUGAACAACUUGAAGUGUUCAGGUACACCUAAUCAUGAAUUGUUGCUGCUCCUAAAGAAUAUAGAUCACUCGAACGGAUUAUGUAAUGGCACAAGAUUACUGAUUACACGAUUAGGUGAUUAUGUUCUGGAGGCUCAAGUGUUGGCUGGGCAUAAUGUUGGGCAUAAAGUUUUGAUCCCUCGAAUGUCUUUAAUUCCUUCUGAUCCAAAGUUGCCGUUCAAAUUACGACGACGGCAAUUCCCUGUGGCUGUGUCGUAUGCAAUGACCAUUAACAAAAGUCAAGGUCAAUCUUUGGCUCAUGUUGGGUUAUUCCUACGAAAACCAGUAUUCAGUCAUGGACAGUUGUAUGUUGCUAUAUCUUGA